AGAAAGCGCGUGUGCUACGGAGGUUCAGAAGGAGGUGACGAGUAGGAGGUACGGCAGCAUCGUUGAUCAAAGUUUCGCGCAGACGCCGCCGAACUGAACCGAGUUUGUUUACCUUCCCCUCGAUUGCGUGUAUGUACGCGGCCGGUCACGGGCCAGCGAUCCGCUGCCGUUAAUAGGAAGCCUUUCCUCCGGUUUAUAGGAUGUUGUCCAGUCAGAGCGGAUCGGCGCUGAGUGGAAACAGAUCCACGGCGGGAAAGAGCGGCACGGGGCUGAUCGGCGGCGGGGUUCGGACGGGACUUGUCCGUUCCGCUCCGGUGGGGAUGCUCGGGGGGAACGGAGGCGUUAGAUCGGGGAACGCGAGUCUGUUGGGACCCGGUCAGCUCAUGGGUGCUUUGGGGGUCGGGAUCCCCGGGAGAUUUGAGCCGGAUAAAGAAGGACUCGCGCACGGGUCUGGCGGCUCGGACGCGGACUCUGAUUCGGGCGAUGAUGACGAGCCCGUGGGGAGAGGAGUAGGUGUCAAGCGGGAGAGAGCGGAGAUGGAGGCUGCGAUGGCUGGGCACGAGGCGAGGUUAACCGCAGGGGGAUUCGGUGCGGUCCCGGGCGGAGUGGCCGGAGCGAAACCGGGCAAGAAGACGCGGGGCCGCGUGAAGAUCAAGAUGGAGUUUAUAGACAACAAACUGCGGCGGUACACGACCUUUAGUAAGAGGAAGACCGGCAUCAUGAAGAAGGCAUACGAGCUCUCCACGCUCACAGGAACACAAGUUUUGCUGUUAGUGGCCAGCGAGACCGGUCACGUCUACACGUUUGCCACACGCAAACUGCAGCCCAUGAUCACCAGCGAGACGGGGAAAGCCCUGAUCCAGACCUGUCUGAACUCUCCGGACUCUCCGCCGCGUUCGGAUCCGUCCACAGACCAGAGGAUGAGCGCCACGGGCUUUGAAGAAACGGACCUCACCUACCAGGUGUCAGAGUCAGAAAGUAUCGGUGAAACCAAGGACACACUAAAGCCAGCAUUCACCGUGGCCAGCCUGCCCGGCACCAGCAGCUCUCAGACGACCGUACCCACCACAUCCACCAGCAUGCAGGUUACCAGCGGCCCCAGCUUCCCCAUCACUAACUACCUGGCACCCGUCUCUAACUCACCCAUCACAGGUGCCAACGGUUCGGUGCUGAAGAGCGCAGGAGCGUCAGGAGGAGUCGUGCAGUUACCCGGUGGAUUUACCUUCAUGUCAGGCACUUCGUUUGCACCUGGGGCUCCCAGCAUUCCUCUGGGUCAACUGCAGCAACAUUCACUCGCCCUCCAGAGUUCAGCGGGCCACACCGCCUCCAAUCAGAGCCAACAGACUGUGUUUCGCCUGCCUGCCACCGUUUCUCUCACCAGCGGUGCUUUACCCCAGCAGCUCCAGGCCAUCCAGGUUCAGCCCAGCACUCAGUCUGGAUCCAUCAGCACCAAUGACAGCGGCACAGACACCAGCACUGUGUCUACAGCAUCCAUCGUCACAUCAUCAAUGUCCACCUCUAUGACGGGUCACAUGAUGUAUCCCAGCCCGCACACAGUCAUGUAUGCAUCAGCUCCUACACUCACAGAUGGGGGUCUGACCGUCCUUAAUGCCUUCUCACAGAGCCCAUCUGCAAUGCAGGUGUCGCACACACAGACUCAGGACACAGGUGCUGUUUCUCAGGUUUUUCUCACAGCGUCUCCUGGUACAGUUCAGAUUCCCGUCUCAGCGGUUCAGCUUCACCCAGUACGGCAAGAUCAGCAUUUCACAAAUGGUGAUUGGUCAACAGUCCAGCGGCAGCAGUAAACUGACUGAACUUCAGGUUGUCAAUCUAGAUGCCACACAAAACACAAAGAGCAACUGACAACCGAGACUCACUGUCUUAUUUAUAAAUGCCUUUCUAUCCUUCUUAUACAACAACUGUGUGUGUGCGUGUGUGUGUGUGUGUGUGUGUGUGUGUGUGUGUGUACCUGGUAAUUAUCACGUUGUGGGGACCAAUUGUCCCCACAAAGAUAGGAAUACCAGUGUUUUUGUGACCUUGUGGGGACAUUUUGAUGUCCCCAUGAGGAAACAAGCUUAUAAAUCAAACAGAAUGAUGUUUCUUGAAAAUGUGAAGUAGCA